GCCGUUCCUCCUCCAUCUCCAGAUCGGAUCGCGGUGAGGGAAAGAUGAGCGAGGAGACGGCGCCUUCUGACGAUAAUAGUUAUGCACGAGUCCGAGCUGUGGUGAUGACCCGGGAUGACUCAAGUGGUGGAUGGUUACCGCUCGGAGGGAGUGGCCUGAGCUGCGUCACUGUCUUCAAAGCUCCUCAGCAGGAAGAGAAUGGCUGUGCUAACUUUUUUAUCCACGGAGAGCGACUCAGGGACAGAAUGGUGGUUUUGGAAUGUAUGCUUAAAAAGGACCUCAUUUACAAUAAGGUCACUCCAACAUUUCACCACUGGAAGAUAGAUGAUAAAAAGUUUGGCCUUACCUUUCAAAGUCCUGCUGAUGCUAGAGCUUUUGACAGAGGUAUUCGAAGAGCGAUAGAGGAUAUUUCCCAAGGAUGCCCAGUAUCACAAACUGAAGCGGAAGGACCUGAAGAUGACUUACAAGUACCUGAAGAGGAUACUUCUAGUUCUCUAGUGAAAGACCACUUUUUCCAGCAAGACACAGUUGUUACCAGUGAGCCUUAUAGAAGCUCAAAUAUAAGACCUUCUCCAUUUGAAGAUCUGAGUGCCAGAAGAGCCUACUUGCAAAGCCAAGUCAAUCAGAUAACAUUCAGUCAGCCAGACCUAGACAUUCAGAGCAGAGGUAUGGAAUAUACACAACGGCAAAUAUCCAAGGAAUGUGGAAACGUAAAGCCCCAAAAUAAGGCUCCCUUGAAAUCAAUCAGACACGUCAGCUUUCAAGAUGAGGAUGAGAUCGUCAGAAUCAACCCUCGUGAUAUCUUAAUACGUCGCUAUGCAGACUACAGACAUCCUGAUAUGUGGAAAAAUGACUUGGAGAGAGAUGAUAAUGACUCCAAUAUUCAGUUUUCAAAACCAGACAAUAAAAAAUCUGACUAUCUGUACUCGUGUGAGGAUGAGACUAAGUUAAGUGCACUCAAAAACUCUGUGGUAUUUAAGACACAGCCCUCCUCCUUAAAAUUUAAGAAGUCAAAACGAAGAAAAGAGGAUGGUGAACGUUCUCGCUGCGUCUACUGCCAGGAAAGGUUUAAUCAUGAAGAAAAUGGCAGAGGGAAGUGUCAGGAUGCUCCAGACCCGAUUAAAAGAUGCAUAUAUCAAGUUAGUUGCAUGCUCUGUGCAGAGAGCAUGUUGUAUCAUUGUAUGUCAGACUCAGAGGGAGAUUUUUCUGACCCCUGUUCUUGUGACACUAGCGAUGACAAGUUCUGCUUACGAUGGUUAGCCCUGGUAGCGUUGUCUUUCAUUGUACCAUGUAUGUGCUGCUACGUCCCUUUGAGAAUGUGCCAUCGCUCUGGUGAGGCAUGUGGGUGCUGUGGCGGGAAGCACAAAGCUGCUGGAUGAAAACGAUCCAGUGCCAAAAUGAGCUUACAAUCUUUGUUUCCAGGAAUUAGCUAGCUUGGAUUUGUGGAAGCUUUUGACAGGCAAUGUUGAAUCUUGCCUGGUAUCUCUGGGCCCACACGUGGAAGAAGCAGAACUCGGCAGUUCUUGGCAUUUCACAAAUGCUUGCCAUGCCUAACUUUAGUGCUUGGCAUGUUUUGUUACAGGUUGUAACAAGGAUUCGCAAAAGGAAACCUUUUCUGGUAACUGACUAGAAAAAGGGAGCAUACACAUGAUGCAACUAAAAGGAUUUAAAUUUUGUAUAUUUAUGUAUUGGGUGAUGGGACUUUUAAAGAGCUGAAUUCAUUAGGACAUGAACUAAAAGUGCACUAGGGAAGAGUUGAUUUAAGUCUAAGAAAAGUUAACACUUGGAAAUUUUAAGAAGUAAAACAAGUACAACUAAUUGAUUAAUUAGUUGUUUUUUUGGAAGCAAUUUUAUGUAUAAAUAACAAAUAUUUAUGUUUAACUAAAUGUAAGGUACGAUUACAUAUUAAACUUUUCUUCCCCUUCCUAGUUCUAAAGUAGAUAUAUGUAUGUAUAUCUACUGUCACAUUCCAUUAUAUUUGAAUAUUUAACUCAUCUAGUUAAUAACUUUUUUUUUCCUUUAUGUGAGUGGUUUGAUCUUUUCAUCCUCUCUUCCCAAUGGCUACAGUUUAUAGUGAGUUCUAUCUUUACAUUCUGGUAAUAGAAAAACCUUUAAAAUAUUCUAAUAGCCUUGAGUGACCAACUUUUUUUAAAGCACAGAUGUAAUUGUCUAAUGUUCUAAUGGGAAUGUAACACUUAUUUUUAUAUAAAAAAGAGACUGAGUAAACAUUAUGGGAAAAAGUGAGGUUUUGGGUUGUUUUUGUGGUAUGCAACCAGCAAGUUGUUUUCUUCCAGAGUUUCCUCCUUCAAAACAUGUUCUUGCAUUUACAACUAUCUUCCAAGGCAAAAGGUGUAACUGGAUAGUUCAUUUCAAACUCUUCCUGGGUCUUCCAUCCCUCCUUAUGCUACACCAAGAUGUGUUCAGCUGUGCUACUAAUUUUUUUAGCUUAAUCUUCAUAUAACAAUAUAACGUUUCUCAGUUGCAUUUUAUUUAACUGACCAAAAGCAAAAUUAUUUUAUGUUAAAAUAUGUUUUAAAUUCUCCGAAAAGCAUAUGUAAUCCAACAUUGUGAAUGAGAUAGCUUGUACAUAAAAAUUUAUUUCUUCUGCAGAGCAUUGUAUUACUGGAUGUUUAAUUUACAAAGUAGUUGGGUAAAUUUUCCAACUGUUCAGAGUACUUCAGGGUCAAAUUGUCUUUCGUCGUCGUUGUGGCUACAUUAAAACUCUAACACAGUGAGGGGUUCUUUGAGAACAUUCCCUCAGAGGGGUAUAGUAGUUAAGAAGUGUGCCUUUUUCUGAUGGCCUCCAGUUUCAGAAGUGAUGAAAAUUAAAAUCACACUACCAUUUAAAAGCUCGUUUUCUAUGCAAGUUUUUAAAUGUCAUUUAUGUGUCUUUCUUUUUACAUAUCACAUUUGUGUUAGCGGUCUUUUGUCUCGGAUCAAACUGAACAAUGUACAUAACACUAUCUGUCUGUAAAAUACUUUUUUUUAAGAAAGCAUUUAUAUUUAUAUAUGACAGCUUGAACUGACAACAUUGUGUAUAUAGAUCAUCUUGAAGUAUUAUUUCACAUUGAAAAGAAGAAAAAUAUAUUGAUAACUAUAGAUGUUAUGAAGAAGAGGUUAUUUCUAGUUUUGUAUUAAAAAUCAAUUGGAUGAACUGAAUCCAAAACAUGACACUGUGGCAGCCGUUUUAAGUCUUAUUUUUCCUGUUUAUAUAUUUGAACGCUGCUGCGCCAGAUGAUCUUCAUCCCUGAAGUUUUCAGCUAAACUUGGUUUCUAGAAUAGACUGUUAAACUUUCAAAAAUCCUUUUUAUUGGUCAAAUGGAAAUACUGUUUUUCUUGUGAACAAAUUUUCAUAUUAGUAAGUGCUGAGUCUCUAAUUCAGGUUUGAGCAAGGUGUGAAUAACUGAAGAAAAUAACUUGCUGGCUAUAUAGGAAAAUGCUGUGGAAAUAAACUGUGUACAUAUGUCUGGGAAGAACAAAUUUAAUAAUUUCUCCUGUUAAGCACUAAUCAGUAUAGUGCAACUCCUGGUUCUGUACUGUAUUUUAUAUACAACAUAUAUGCUUUAAUAUUUUAAUGUUUGUGCAUUAAUAUUUUCAAUUUGUUUAACCACUUUGCUGCUAAGAUUUUGCCAUCCCAUCCCCAUUUUUCCUUUACAAUUUUAAACAAGUUUCUUUAUUAAAAAAUUAUGCUGAUGAAAUGAUUUUUAUUUCAUCUUGGAUCUUUAUAGUUAACAAAUCGUUUUCCAAAUCAAUCUAAAAGACUAACUUAUGUCACCUGACUCCCUGUGUAGAAAUUUUUUCUUAAGUAAAUUAGAAUCCUUAGGUGAAAACAUGCUCUCAUUUUUAAACACGUCAACAGGUACAUUCUAGAACAUCUUGUUUUCCAUACAGAUGUGGCACUGCCAAUUGGCUUCUCCUUAACCUUUCUCUUUUUUUUUUUAAAUCUGGUAGUAGUAGCAAAUGGCUAAAUAAAAAUACUUAAGUAACAGUGAAUAUUCAAAAUGAAAUCAUCUAGUAGAUAAGAAAGACUGAUCUGGUCUGAUGAGCUUAUGUUCAAAAUUGAUGGUUCUGACCUGUUUCUGAGGAAGUGAGGUAUGAUUCUUGAGCACCAUCUACUGGAUGCCUGGUUCACAGACCUCAGACAGAGAUGGAAAUAGGUAUCACACAGGGCUCAUCACUACCCAUAAAGGGUUAUGGAAAUGAUGGCUCCCUCCCACUGGGGAAGCCAGGAGUAAGAAAGAUCUCAAAAGGAAUGUGAAAUGGUUUCUUUUUCCUACUGUGUGUUGGUGGUUCAAUGAUUUUAAAGCACUUUUUUCUUACAUAUCCUGUUUUAAAGGGAUAUAUAGGUGUUCAGAACUGGCAAUCAAAUUUAAUGGAUGUGCUGAAGCAUUUACAGAGCCAGUUCUCUCCACGCAGCCCACCUUUUUUUGUCAAAAGUCAUUAUGAAAAUGCGAUUACUUUUCCUCCCAUUAACAGGGAGAAUUUUUUUAAUAAACAAUCUACUGUAUGCCAUUGUGACAACUUCAAAAGAACAUGAGCGAGUGUGUGUGUGUGUGUGUGUGUGUGAUGAUGUCAGGGCCAGAGUUAAAUUUAAAGGGAAAAACUCGAAACUACCUAUUUUCAUUGGUUAUUCAGCAGGUGCCUAAAAUGAGCUUUUGUAAUACAGGCAGUCCCCGGGGUCUUAAGGAAAUCCAUUCUGCCAUCACGUCUUUAUUAAUGUGUGGGUCAAUUGAACAGAUGCAUGUGGCUCCAUGUUUAGCCUUCCAUGGUGCAAGAAGAGACUUAUGUGGCCUUCUCAUUCAUUUCAAAGCUGCCUGGGCAGCAACUGAAGGUAAGCGUGACGGAACACUUAUUGAGAGGGUUGGUUCAAUCCUUGCCAAGUGAGGGAAGUUUGCAGUACAUGAACGAGCAUGUAGGAUUGAUUCUUCAUCCUGGACUGCCUGUCAUACAAAUAAAUGCAUUUACAAUUCAAGUGGUAGAGCGUGCCAUCUGAUAUCUUGGGUAAGUCUUGCAGUUUCUUUUUCUCGCUCCCUUAAUGGAAUGGCACAAAGUUUCUUAAUAACGGUGUGAGUCCCCAGAGCACAGGAAACUUCUACUUUCCCUCUAGAUGGACGGUUCAAAGAACCGUCAGAUUUGGUGAUUACACUUUGAAAUGAAUGUCUUAAGAUUGCUUCUUUUUUUUUAAAUCUUAGCCCCAAACUCCAUUGAGCUCAACAUUCAAGUUUUAGGUAUCUGAUGAAAACAGCAGAUUCCUUACUGUUAUUCUCUAGGUUUGAUCUUCAUGGGUCACAUUUCUAAAUAUUAAAGAAAGCACUAGAAACUUGCAUUACUGUUGCACUAAAAAAAAAAAAGGUCUAUAAACGAUAAUAGCACUAUAAGAUCCUUUGCAGUGAAUCUUACAUAAAAAUUUAAGACCUGAAAACAACCCACAACCUGAGGUUAUUUCAAGUAAACCAAAUAAACAAAAGGGCUUUAAGGUAUUAAGCUACUGUUGCCUAGCAGCCAGGUGGUUAUAAAAACUUUCAUAUGCUUUGGUACACUGAUAAACGUUUGGCCAUUGUUCCUGAAAGCUUCUUAAAUUGCUAAGUUGUUUUGAAGUUUUUCAAGAAUAAUCUAAUUGAAAACCCUUUGUAUUAAAGAUACUCAGAUUUUUGUGAACAUUGCCAGUAUAUAGUGUCUUUUGCUUUCUAUUCUUGACCUCAGAAGUGCCUCACUUGUAUAUUAUUUCCAUUAAAAGCUUGACUGCAUUCUUUCUAAUAAGCAAUGAAAAAUUGUUUAACCCACGUCAUCAUGUAUCUCCUUCUGGAUAGUUAACUAGCUUGAUAGUUUUGAGUAUAUAAUGUAAAUAUGCAUAUAUAAGUUUGUUCAAUGUUUUUGUUACAUCAUACCCAUGUAAUUGGACAUAUCAGAUGAUAUCAUAAGAAUUUGUUUUAAUGUUUUCCCCCCUGCAAUUACCUAAUUAAACCUAUCAUGAAAUUUAAAA